CAUGCUCGCAGUCAGUUUCUGAUGGGCGAGAGGAAAAGAUGGUGAAAGAAGUGGACUUAAGAAGUGAUACUGUGACAAAACCUACGGCCGCCAUGCGGCGAGCCAUGGCGGAAGCCAUUGUAGGUGAUGAUGUUCAUAGAGAAGACUCUACUGUUAUUGAACUGGAACACCGAAUAGCAGAUCUUUUGGGUAAGGAAGAUGCCCUUUUCGUUCCAUCUGGAACCAUGGGAAAUCUUUCAUCAGUUAUGUCACAUUGUUGGACAAGGGGUCUUGAAGUCAUGCUGGGCGAUCAAUCGCACAUUUUCAUAUAUGAACAAGGGGGAGUUUCACAAUUAGGAGGUGUCCAUGUUAGUGCGCUGGCCACUCGUACAGAUGGUACUUUUGACAUGGAGGAAGUGGCUAAUAAGAUAAGACCUUCCAAUCCACGAUGUCAUGAACCUUACACGGGUCUGAUUUGCCUAGAAAAUACGCACAAUAGAUGUGGAGGAAGAGUACUGCCUCUUUCGUUUAUUGAACAAGUCUGCUCUUUUGCGCAUAGACAAGGGGUGCCCGUCCACAUGGAUGGCGCUAGGAUAUUAAAUGCUUCUGUGCAUUCUGGAGUAGCAGUAAAGGAGAUAGUGAAGAACUGUGAUUCCAUUUCUAUGUGCCUUUCCAAGGGAAUUGGAGCACCUGUAGGCUCUGUAGUAGCAGGAAGUUCUGAGUUUAUUGGCAGAGUGAUGCGAUGCCGUAAGGUACUGGGAGGUGGAAUGCGCCAGGCAGGUGUUCUUGCUGCAGCUGGUUUAGUGGCCUUGGAUACAGCAAGAGAAAGAAUACAAGUAGAUCACCUAAGAGCUAAGAGAUUAGCUCAAGAUAUACAGAAUUUAGGCAGUGAAUUGAUUGUCGUCAAUUCAGAAAUCGUAGAAUCGAAUAUGAUCUUGCUAAAUUUUCCUUCGCCUCAUCUCACCUCUGAGCAGUUUGCCGAUAGAAUGGCUUUGGUAAAAGAAAGUGAUACAGAAAAAGCUGUAGUUAAGGUAGCUCCCUGGUUCGGCAAUCGUGUGAGAUGUGUCUUACAUUCUGAUCUCACUGAAGAUGACGUGUAUAUUGCUUUUCGUAAGAUCCGAAGUAUCGCAAUGUAACUAAAGUAUACAUACAAUAAAAAUUAUAUUCCCUUGUCUAAA